AUGGUGGAAUCUACUAGUCGGAUUGAAACCAAGAUUUACUCCCGAACUGGUGCCGAGGAAGACUUGUACAACACAGGAGUGACGGCGAUAUGUAGUGUCCUUAUGAAUUAUGUAGAAACCUCCAGACAUAUUAUCUUUAACAAACGAGAAAAACAGAACAAAGCUUACGAAAAGUUUGAGGAAAAACUUCGGGAGAUAAGCAAAUCACAGCUAACCUUUUACUAUACAGGGAGUCAGAUGCAAAAUCUGACAGCUAUUCACUGGAGAUACCCCACACCUUCAACGUCCCACUCAAUGGGUAGACAAUGCGACUCUGACGUAGAUGUUCUCCUUGUCGAUCCCAAAAACUGCGCCGGGGAGAGCAAGAUCAGUCACCAUGGUAACCACUACGUUUACGAAUACUCUCCAGAACAUCCUGGUUACGUAAGAGUUUACAGAGGUCGGGGAAAGGGAAGAAAAGUCAUUUCUGGGAAGGGAUUCAAAAAGUUCUGGAAGGAGAUGGUCGAUAAAAUCGAAAUUCAUACACGAUAUACAGGAAGAGGGACUAAAUUCCCAAGUCGGGGAGAGAAAAGAUCAGGACCUGCCAUUACGAAGGUGGAGAAUGUGAGUAUGCGAAACUUCAUUAAUCAUGACUUCGUUCCUGCAAUAAAACUGACUAACUGGCCAUCUAUUGCUGAAGACUGGACGAGUCGCCCCAGGCCGGGAAACUGGCCGCCUGCCGAGUUGCUGGAGAAUUGUGUCGGUGCAGAUUGUCACAUUGUCCCCGUGGCUCAUAAAGGAAGCUCAAAACAUCUCAAGAAAAAGGAAUGGCGGCUCUCGUUCUCUGGAGCAGAAAUAGUUCUUGCAAAUUCCUUGACAUUUGAACAGAGACAAGCAGUCAUCAUGUCUAAGAUGAUUCUGAAGCUUGCUCUUCAAGAAGUUCUACAGCACAAACCCAGCCUCAAAAACUGUAAACCUGUGUCAUCAUACGAGCUAAAAACUUCCUUCUACUGGCUUCGCGAGAAGAAAAAUGAUUGGGGAAGUUUAACAGACGACAUUAGAGCGAUUCUAGAAAACUUAAUCCAGUUUCUACAAAGAGGAAUCUUGCCAGAUUACUUCAUUCCAGAAAAGAACAUCACAGAAAAUGUGGCUCCAGAUUUAGUGGAAGAGCUGUCUCUGACAUUGAAGCAAGUGUUCACACAACAAGGACUGCUUUGCUUCUUACAAAAGUGUUUUUGGUACUGCUAUAACACGGAGCUGGAGGAUUUUGACUCACUGGACGGUGGUUCUUUGAAGUGUUUAUAUACCGAGCUUCAGAAUUUCUGCGAAAGCCAAACGCCUUCUUUGAAACUUUUAAUAUUUACCAUUAUUCAUCAAUUGCUAUGUUUAUUCAAUGCUGCGAUGGAUGGAACAAAUAGUCGUUUCUGGGUCAUGGAUACUAAACCAGUGCUUUUCGACAUCAAAUGUAUUCAAGAAGGCCUCAUGAAAAGAGCAAAUUUUCAAAUGGAAGUCGUUAACGUGAACCAACUGGAGGAUUUAUUUCACGAGUACGAUUCAUUUUCCUUUGAUCUGCUGUCUGACUUGUCUGAUCUGUUGUUCGGGGUUUUGUCUCAGGAGACAGUACUUGAGACGCUCGGAGAGAGUAUUUGGUGUGUGGUCGCUCGUUUGCUAGCCCGACAUUGCAUCGCGGCAGGCCUGUAUCAUGCAAGGAAACAGGAAGUGCUAGACUUCGCUAGUCUGUUAGAGGUAAACCCAGACAACUCAGCACUGAAAGACAUGGCGAUUCAGGUCCAUGGUAGUAUGGAAAAUUUCCAGGCAAUAGUUGCGCGCGCAAGUGACAAUGCGGAUAAUGUGUAUCAGUUUUACGAACAUCUGUGUCAGGACUCUUUACUGUUUUAUUUUGAUGUUUGUAAACGAUUCUCUGUAAGUGAGGGGUUUUACUGUGACGAUGAAAGAAUCGCAGUCCAUGGUAUUGAGUCCAUACUAGCCCAUAUACCGGACAUAAUGGAGGAUGAAAUGUUAUGGACACCUAAAUUAAGACAGAGGGUUCAGCUCCUGAUGGAAAAGCGUAAAGACUUUCAUGUCAAACAAUUCUGA